AGAGUCACAUCCGUUAUUUUGUUGUUUGUUUUUUUAUUGAUGAAUUAUUGAAAAUCAGGUGUUGAUCUGUGAGAUUUUGUGGGGAUGAGUAUUGAGUUGUGAUUAUUUUUUUAUUGUGCUCGAUGAUAAAUCAUUGUCAUGUGGUUUCAUCAAGAGAUGAAUUCCAAGUUUUAUGUUGACUCGGAUUAUGAGUCCCUCAGUUUUAAUAAUUCCAAGAUGGAGAUCGAAGUACGGAGUUUGAAGUUGGAGUUGACGAGGACCCGUGAUGCUUUAAAAACAGCAACAAAGAGGUGUCGUGAAUUGGUACAAGAGCUAGAUUCUCUAACGGUGUGCCACGAGUCUGAGCGAAACUUACGGGAUCAGCAGCUCUCUAAAAUUCUACGUGCCCUCUUGGUGCUUGAGUCACGACUCAGACAGGAACAAAAAUCAAUAAGACAGCAAUUAUGUGAGAAGGACAAUGUCAUAAAGAAUCAGCAGAUUGAAAUAGCUAAAUUGAGGCGAUACACGAAGAAUUACAUAAAGUCAAAAAGAGAACAGGUAUUGUGCAAGAGCCCAUCAACACCAGAGACUAUGGAAACACCAGGAGAUCCCACAACCGAUAUUAUACAAUUUGAUAAUGGUCUUGGGAGCGAUAUUCAGAUCUUGAAGAGAGAAAUAAUUACGAAAUUCAGUAAUGACGAUAUGAGAAAUUGUGUUAGAAAAACUGACAGCUUUGCUGGGAGUGAUGUUUCUAAAGAGAGUUUAACGAGCAGUGAAAAUACUGAUGGUUCAAUUGUCACAACAACUGAUGGUAGUCCAUCAUUAAUCAGCACUGAGGGAUUUUGUGAGGGUGAGAGCAGUGAUUUAUCACCAGGUUCAACUCUCAAUAAAUCGAGAACUAUUAGAAAGAACUCUGAUAGCGAUAGCGAGGGUAGAACUGUUCUGGAGAAUCUUGAGAAUUUGGAGAAUCUGGAGGAUAACACUGGGAGAAGGAGAAUUGGAGUUUUGAGGAAGGAGCCUCUGAUGAUUAUUGAUAAUCAAGUGAAGAUAAUGAGGAGUGAGAGCAAGGAUGAUGGAAUGGAUUGCAAUUUUGUGUCGGGUGAUGAGGAAGAGGGUGAACCACUCUACGUUAAUUCCUGCUGUGAAAAUAAUAAGAGAAAUCGCGAGUGUGAGACACGAUUGAUUGAUGAUAAUCAGAAUAAUAAUAAUAAUGGAUUGUUGAAAAUGGAGAAGAGUGGUGAGGAGACGAGUGGUAAUUGGUACAGUGAUCCUGAUGAGGAUCGAAUUGCAGAUGAUAUUAUUCGUCACAAUUCGUAUCGACCCAAUAGCAAUCACAAUUCAGUUCUUGAGUGUGUCAAUCAGAUUCUUCUGAGGGAUAUGGAGGAUGAGGAGACGAUUAGAUCGGUAUCGCGUAAAUUUAAACAUCGUGGGAGAAUUGUGAGCUUUCAACCGGCUCGUUUAUCGGAUAUUGAGUCCGUUGGUUCGGAAAUGGAGCGAAGAAAUUCCGAGGAGGUGAUGCCUGAUAGAGAGCUGGAUGCAUCUGAGGAUGAGUUUGGUAUGAGAGUGACGAUGAAGAGUCAGGGGAUAACUCGUAGUAGUGAAACUGAAUCGAAUCCAGAGGACGAGAUUGAUGACAACUCGUCUACGAGAGCUAUUCCCAUUGUUGUUAUUGAACCGAAUCUUGAGAUGAUUAAGAAUUCUCCAGUAUCUCCAGAGCCAGCAUUAAAAUCUAGGUGUUCACCCUCACCUAUUCUUCGACUUGAGAGGAUCGAGGAGAAGACGUGUUUGUCGAUGUCUUCGAAGGGUUUGACGAUUGCUAAAAAUUUGGAUUACGAGGAUAUCGAGUCACUUCCUGAGGUUAUUUCUCCUCAUUCGAAAAUUCCACCAGCUCUUCCACCGAAGCCGCAGUUCAAGAAUAAUACUCUUGUCCUCAAGAAGAUUCCGAGUCCUUCGUUUCUCAUUGAUGAGACUAGGAGGAAGGUGCAGGUGAGUGAGACACCGGCGUACGUCAAGAGGAUUUUUGGUAUCUCUGGGACACCGUCUAAACCGCCAAUUCCAACGGCUAGGAGUUUGAAUUUCAAGGACAGCCCUCGACGAGGGUAUAUUGAUAAUGGUAAUGCCAAGGUAAAGGGUAAUGAGGAGGAGAGUGAUUGUCCCAGGGUGACGAAUAUUGUGAAACAUUUUGAGGAAUUCAAGAUUGGGGAGAGCGACAGGUGCAAGGAGUUGUCCAAAGGGAAAUCCAUGGAGCUGGAGGAGAUGGACAUCAGGCAGAAUUUUGAGGAGUUCAAUCUCGAUGAGUGUGAUCUUUCGGAUGAUCCUGAUAGGCCUGAGGGCGAUGGGUCUGAGAGGCUCGGCAGUGGAGUCUUCAGUCGACAGGAGAGUGUCAAGGAUAAUAAUAAUGGAGAGAGUGGACACGCCAAUGGGGUUUACGAUCACUUCCUCGAGGCAACUGGACUCAGCAAUAAAUCCAUUCUCACACCGUCGAGGCUUUUGAGCAAUCACAAGAGCAUGUUGAAACCCAAGGAUGUUAAAUACAAGAGCAAGAUCAAGGCCACUGGUGGUAUUGAUAAAAUUGGAGCUAGUGGAAAUCAGACGCAGGUGAGACACUGGACUGGACCUUUUGUAUGAUGACUGGUUGCCUCGGUUUUUGGAAGUCCUCCGGUGAGCCCCAGGAAAACCCGGGGAAUGGGGAUUGGACUGUGGGAGGAAAAAUUAAAAAGGUCUUGAAUAUUCAAGUCUUCACGUUUAAAAAAAAAAACUUUUCAGAAGCGUUAGCGGUUUUUUCGCAAUUCUCAGUGUUUGAACCUACCGCAUAGUAUUAUAAAAAUAAUGAACGUUUAAUGAUUGUGGAAGUA